UUGCUGGUGACUCAUCAAAGGUCAGGGUCCUGGAAACUUUGGGAACCAAGUCUGAUCAUCCCUGUCUCCUCCCAGCAAGAGAAGUGUGUUUGUGGACCCUGUUCAGUUCUGUCCAGAAUCCGCCCUUUUGCUCCCAUGUUUUGAGCCCGCUCCCGCUCCAGCCCCGCAUCACCAUGUCCACCGGAUCUCUAAGCGACGUCGACGACGAGCUCUUGGACGGCAUCCUUAAAUUCGGCUCCUCUUGUAAGGACUCCAACGAGAGCACGGAGGAGAGCUCCAACUGUGAGGGCAGCUUCGCUAACGAGGGCAGGAGGAGAGAGGCGUCUGGCAAGAAGCGCAAGACGACGUCGCGCAAAAGUGCGCCCAAGGGUGUGGUGCAGCAGGAGGGCAAACAGGUGCAGAGGAACGCAGCCAACGCCCGGGAGAGAGCCAGGAUGCGCGUCUUGUCCAAGGCGUUUUCGCGGCUGAAGACCUCCUUACCGUGGGUGCCACCGGACACCAAGCUCUCCAAACUGGACACGCUGCGCCUGGCGUCCAGCUACAUCGCGCAUCUCCGGCAGAUCCUGGCCAACGACAAGUACGAAAACGGAUAUACGCACCCAGUUAACCUGACGUGGCCCUUCAUGGUCGCAGGGAAACCGGAGACUGAUCUCAAGGAGAUGCUCAACGCGACGCGGUUGUGCGGAACAACUGCGUCCUGAUGCGAUAAAAUGGGAGAUUGUUUUCUCAAAGGACAGAAAAACCUCCAGGUUUGACUGAAAUCCAGUCACAUCUCCGCAGGCUGUGAGUGGGAAUAAAGGAGGGAGCGCAUCCUCUCUCUCUAUUACGUUCCCGUAAUUGAAAAGAAGAUCAAUUUAUUUAAAUAGAUUCCUUUACCACUGUCUUUGCUGGUUCAAAGAUAAUCUUUUGUACUUUUGUUUUCUACUUUGUUAUAGUCCGCAGGUGUUUUUUUUUUUUUUUUUCCUGGCUUAAAUUUCUGUAAAGAUUGUAUGUAUAUAAAGUAUUUUCGCAAUUUUAAA